CUGAGAAAUUUUAGUUUAAACAAGUGUAUUUUGAAAGGCGUUCAAAACAUUCGGUUUUGUUAUGCUAAUGCAUACAUAUAUCUUGUGUUGUUUAACGUGAUGUGAUGUUUUCUUUAAAUUUUUGAUAAUCGUAAAAAAAAGUAUUGGAAAAAUGUCGUCCGCGACGUUGCUAUUGAUACAAAUUCGACAACAAUUGAUUGAUAUAAAAAAUGACAAAAUUACCGUACGCUCCAAAUCUCUCGACGAAUUACACAAUAUUUUCGAUAAUCGGGCGCAUGAAUUACGUGGAAUAUUCCGAUUGAAUAGCAAUAAUCAUCAUCAUUCAGAUGAAGAUGAGACCGACACAUUCAAUUGGUCCGAAUUAUUUGAUGGAUUGCAUGACGCAGUAAAGGAUCAAUGUAUGCGCAUUGAAGCAGGCAAAAGAGCUGAAAGUCAAAAGAAUAGUUUGCUUGCAAAAAAUGAUUCAUACAAAUCAUUAUUGAGAAAAUGUGUCAGCUUGGCCAACGAAUACAUGCCAAAUAUAUCUUAUGCGAAAAUCUGCCAUGCAGCAUUUGAAUGCUUUGAAACGCCAACAAUUUGCUGUCAUUUCGAUGGAUUGUAUCUACAGAUUGUAAAAAAAGACAUUUUGAAUGCGAAACACAGCCUAAGCGAAUUGAAAUUGGCCGAAUGGAGCCGAUUGCUCUCCCAUAUUUUCGAAUUAUACAAACAGAAUCGAAUACAGAAAAAUGAAUUGUUACAAUGCAUUCCAUUGAUUUUGCAACAUGGUUCAAAGUACCGUUACUUGGUCAGCGAUUUACAUCAAUACCUACCCGAUAUUGUUCAGAUCAUCAACGAAGGUCAAUUUCAGAAUCAUAUCAAUGCACAAAAACACAUUUUGCACAUUGUUUAUGAAUUCAUUCGAAAUUUGGCCAUGAAUCAACGAUUGUCUGUUGUUGCAUUUACGGAAAAGGUUCUAGAUAAACUCUUGAAAUUUUAUCAGUUUUCAAUGGAUGCUGAUUUCAAAGUUAACUUGAUGAAAAUAAUGCAUGUUUCGAUUGUUGUUCAUUCGCCUGAACCGAAUAGCAUGGUUAUUGAUCGGUGCCAGUAUGCUACAUCCAAUCAAAUUGACGAUUUAUUUCAAAUAAAUGUUGCCGAAGAUAUGCAAGUAUGGCACAAACAUCUUCGAAAUAUGAUCAGCAUUGUGGAACGUGAAAUAACCGAAUCACGUAAACGUUCGAUGCGUUCGAAAGAACCGCCCACCAUUUCUCAUGUUUUUGUUCGAAUGGCUGCAAAACUAUGUUCUGUGGUAUUUUGGAAAGAUGAUGUAUGGAACAGCAGCGGUGAAGAACAACGACAGAAAAGACUCCGCCAAGCGAUGAAACUGGAACGAAUUUUCGAGCUCAUUGAAUAUGAAUCGACGAAAUUCUGUUGGCGAUGGUUUGCCAUACUGUCACAGAUGUUGGUUGACUUUCCACACGUACUACAAGCAGAAGAUUAUCAACCGCUGUUGAAACUUCUCUACGAUUUCAAGCCAACCAUUCAGCACUCAUUGCAUAUGAAACAUUACAUUCGAAUAGUCGAUGUUAUGUUGCGAAAAGAGCAUGAGCUGAAGAAAGGCUCAACAUUGAUACGAGAUUCAUAUUGUGUAGAAUAUUGGCGCAAUAUCAUGACAUUAUCAUUUAAGCAUGCGGCCACCGAUAAAAUGCAAUUGGAAAAUCUCGAUUUGAUGCGUAUUCUCAUUGAAAAUGAUGUGAUUGUUUCGUAUAAUUUCAUCAAAGAUGUCAUAAGCGAAGUGACAAAGAUGUCGAAUAUCAAAAAAUCCAACAGUUCGAUCAAACUUUUGAUCAGUAUUUUGGGCAACGUGAAUACUGAUAUGAUUCAUGGCAUUACAAAUUUGAAAAUUGCGGUGAUUAAAUGGUUGAGUUCGAAAAUAAAAUUGUCGGAAUUGAAAAAAGUCAUCGAAAAUAAUAAUCGAUUUGAUGAUCACUUGAUUGCCGACCUGUAUGUUCUGUGCGUUUUGUCGCGUCAAGAAAAUGGAAACAACAAAAGCCAUAAACUAGAUACAGAUGUGAUGCAAGAAGAUGCCGAUGCAUUUGAUCAUGAUCUAUUCAUUGCUGAUAUCGUUAAAAAUCUUCAAUAUCGCAUGUUGUCCAAAUUAAUCGUCACCGACACAAUUCAUGCGAACGAAAAGCCUGUGACACCAACAAUUAACGAACUUCCGGAAAAAAAUGACGUCAAAGCAUUUGUAAACGAUACGAUUUUCGUUGAACUGGAAAAAGCCAUACAUGACACCGAUGGCCCAAGUGAAAAUAGCACCAGCCCAGAUGACAAUUCAUUGGAUUGUUUCCACAAUAUCGCAUCAUCGCUGGCAAUAAAUAUCAAUAUACUGAAUACAUUGGUCGGUUACGAGUCAAUUGAUAGCGAUUUUUUUCGUAAAUUUUUAACAAAGCGAAUCUUCUUCAAAAUCGGUCAACUCAAUGUGAUUGUUGAGAAAUUUGAUGCAUCACUGAAUAUCGAUCAAAACCCAAAUGAAGUGAAUGAAAUUGUUGACGGCUUGUUGAGCAUUUGGCAUGACAAAUAUCAUCCGAUCAUCGAACACAAUAUGUUUAUUGUUUCAAAUAGCAUUCACAUCAUCAACUGGUUGAAGGUACAAUUAAAACCAUCGCUGCAUGAUGAGUCUCUAGUUUUGACACCAAUACAGAAAAUCAGCCAAUUAUCAUUCGAAGAACGAAUUCAACUCAAAUGUCUACAGCUGUUGGCCCAUUUUUCGGCAUACGACGAUGAAAAUGAUACGGAAGUACAUGUGCUUGAAUCAAUCUCGGAAUAUACAUUCAAUUACAAGCGCAAUCAGGAUAUUUUUAUUUUGUUUCACUUGAUUAAGAUCAUUUUAAGUCAAUUGAAUCCAUCUGAGGCACUAGUUGAGUGGGCAUUCGAUGAAAUAAAAAAAAUUUGUACGAAUCUUUCGUCACAACAUGAUUACAUGGAAAUGGUGGUGGACAAUAUUCCAGCUUUAGUAAAAUGUGUCAAGCCCCACGUUGAUCUACAUGAUGACCUCAUAAAUUUGUUGACGUCAUUUCUGAAACAAAUCAAAUCAAAAAAAUAUGGACCACGAAUCAGCAUCAAGGUCAUUCAAAGUGUUCAGUACUUUGCUCAAGAAUUCUUUGAAGCUGAAGACUGCUUUGUGAUCAUUGCAUUUUUACAACGUUUUCUUCAAUCCGAAUAUAUUACCAUUCAAUUCACCGCUGUUCAAUGUUUGACCAAUAUUUUCAAUAAAAAGUGCUUAAACUACGAUGAAGAACGUAUAAGCUGUGUAACAGUACAAAAUUUUCACACAAAUUUAAUGGAAAAACUUGAAAUUGACCAGUUGUCCGUCGAACAAGAGAAUGACAGAGAUCGAAAAAUGUGCAUUGUUUCAACCCGGUUGCAGCUCUAUUGUUCCAUCAUCGGUGUCUGUUAUCCAUUGCGACGACAAACAUGGUUCAAUCUAAUUGAAUUGUGCGGACAACAACUGAACAUGGACCAAAUAAAAAUUGUGGAGAUUGCGACAAAAUUGUGUAAAGAUGUAUUUCAAACAACGCACACCACCUUGUUGGCCGAUUUGUUUCCAUUCUUAAUUGCAUCUUGGAUUGAUAAAAACAUUCAUAUGACUACAUUCCCGGAAAAAUUGUUGAACUUCCAAACGCAGGCAGAUUUUCUAGUCGAAUACAUGGAUACAAUCACAUUGCAAGUACUCUUGUAUAAACAAUGGUAUUUACCAGAUCUUCUUGAAAUGGAUUCAACAAAUAACUCAUUGCUGAAUAUGUUAUCAACGAAUGUGAUAACCGAAUGCUUGGCCUACUAUGCAUCGAUUCAAGUGUCCGAUCAAGAUAAAACCGGUGCUACAAAUAUGAUGAAAAUUUUAAAAGAGCAACUACCGCAAAUUGCAAAAUAUUUUGACACGCAUUCCCUUGAAAUAAUCGAAAAAUUACUCAAACAUAUGUGGGACGAAGUAGAAUUUCGUGCUUAUUUUGACACAGAGGUCGAAUUUAUUUCUGAUAAACAAACAAUUGACUACAACAUCUUCAUGAAAUCGCUGCAAUUUCUGCAGCGAAAAGCUUUCAAAUCAUCAAAUCUCAUACAUCUUUAUUGUGAGAUGAUGCCAAAAAAUGUUGUCAACACUUUGUACUCAUUGAAACUGGAAUUGCAAAGAUCCAUUUGUGAAGAGAUCAAAAUGUGUCAAAUGUUUCGUGUCUGUGUGUUUAUUGAUAUAAUCGUGGAUUUUCUGAUUGAAAAUGCUAAUAAAAAGGAGCGAUCGGACGUUAUUGGAUUUUUCGUCCGGGAUUUCAUUUAUUUCAUUGGCAAUACAAUCACUAGCGAAUGCAGUGACAAAUUCAAAUUAGCCACAUGCAAAUAUUUCCGUAAAUUUUGCGAAAAGAUUUUACCAACAUGCGCUGAAUACUUUCAAAAUCAUUUGAAUUACAUCGUAUCGAUGCUGAUGCCAAUGGCAAAAAGCAAGUCACAAACAAAAAUCUCAAUUGCGGCCAUGGAUUUACUUCAAUUUCUGAUCAUCAGUCAAAAGACAGUGCUGAAAACGGCCAUCGGUAAAUUGGACAGCUUCCCCAAACAAGUGGAAUUCAAUGAACUUUGCAAAAUUCAAAACGAGAUGAAAUACAACGGUAAAUCGUUCACAUUACUUGAAGAAAUCGAAUACUUUCUUUCGGUUGACAAGCGCAAAGUUGAAGGUCUAUUGUCAUUGAAGGAGCAUUUGUCAAAGAAGAAACAAGAAUUACAAGAGAUAUACAAGACAAUUUACGAAACCCGUGGUUUUUCGGAAGAUUGUGAAAAGAGCCCCAUUCAUCGAUUGAUAUCGGCACUACUGGCCCAUAUUGUUCAGAACGUCGAUAGUGAAAAGAGCUUAAUAGCAGCCAAAUGCUUAGGUGAACUCGGCCCAAGCGAUCUUGGAUCCAUCGCGCUGAAGUUUGACGUUCAAUUGCAAACAUACAAAAUUUGCAAUGAAUUUGAUGAAGCUGUUUCUAAUUUAUGCGAGCAUGCAAUGGACAAAUUGAACGGAAUUUUCAUUCAUAGCGAUGCAACAGUUUUACAAGCAGCAGCUGAAGCUAGCAUUCAUUUGCUGGAGUCCAGUAAGGCGAGUGAAUUCUUAGUACAAUAUCCGCUUUUGGGUGUAUUUGAAACGAGUGCUGUGCGCCAAAUACCACUCAAGCUAAGUGAGAAUAAUCUCGAUUUUGAGAAGUUAUUCAACGAUAAUGCAUUUCAUUCGUCCCACUCAAUUUGGGUGAAGCAAUUAGCUGUUGAAUUGUUUACAUUGUUUGGUAAUGAACCACUGGCACAUGUGGCGGCAAAGCAAACAUCAUUUUCAACUGCUAUGGUUCCAUUGUUGAUCAAAACCUUGUUAACAACCAAGAAUGCCAAUUAUUAUCGAACUCUUGAAAAGGCGAUCAAAUCAUUCUUUCAAAAGACUUUUGAAAACUUGAGCGCCAACAAAAUCAAUGAGAUCGCAAACACUCCUGUCUACUUAAAUAAAGUGUCAAUUAGACUUAUGUUAAAUGUAGCUGAAUGCGUACGGAUGCACAAUCAGGCGCUCUUUGGUUCUGCACAAAAUCUUCAAGUUAAUUUGAAUAAUUUACACAUUGCCAAAGCGGCCCUAUUUUGCGAAGCACAUUUUACAGCCAUAUUGUAUGGUGAAUUAUCAUCGUACGAAAGUGAUGAGACUGAAAUUCAAUCGAUCAUGAAAAGUGCAUAUCAAUCAAUCGGUGAAAUUGAUGCGGUGUCUGCAUUCUUGGAUCCAAUCAAACACAAGACGCAAUACUUGGAAGUGAAUCGAUGCUGGAACAAACUAUUGAUUGGCGUUGAUGCGCAAACCGAUGGCUUUACUGAAUAUUCGAGAUACUUAAGCGAAGCUGGUCUUUAUAAUUUGGCAAAUAAAUUAAAUAUGAGCAAUAAUUCAAGAAAUUAUGAAUGCGCAUGGCGACUACAAGACUGGGGAAUUGCUGAAGGAAGUGCGGACCAUUCGUGCACCACAAAUCAAGAUCCAACGAACGAAUUUGAUAAAUACCAUUAUUUUGCAUUGAAAAGUGUACAGCAAAGAGAUCAAAUCGGAACCAAGAUUAAUGUUAAACGUGCAUUUGAGGGAGUGAUAAAAAUGUUUAAACAAUCGAGUUACGAAUGUACCAAAAAUAUCUACAAAAAUCUCAUGAUGUUGCAUCUAUUGCAGCAAAUUGAGGAAUUCAGCGGUAUUCAAUUUCCGAACAGUGACGAAGAAAAUUAUGAACCCGAUUUUGUAAUCAACAAAUGGAAAUAUCAAGAUCAAAUUGCAUCGUGUGGUUUCAAUUAUCGCGAACCAAUAUUGGCACAACGUAUAACAUUGCUUGAAUCGGCUGGUGUUCGUGCCAAACGUAAUUUCGAGAAAGUGUUCAAAUUCGGCGAUGGCAUUGAUCAAAUGAUAUUGAAUCUGGUUAGUGAAUGUCGAGAGGAGGGAUUUUACAAUUUGGGUGAACGAUAUUUAUCAACGUUGUAUAAAAAGAAAUUAAAUCGCGAAAUGAAUGCCAGAGCGUACAUUGAAGAUGCCCAAUUGAAUUGGAGCCAAGGCGAAUCGGAAAUGGCACAAAAAUUAAUUGAAAACAUCAUAAAAGACAUGUUUCCAUCAUUUACACGAGCAAAAGCAAUUGGAAUGAUGGGCGAAUAUUUGGCCGAGGCACGGUUAGAAGACACCAAAACGAUCAUCAAUGAUUACUUUGUUUUAUCGAAUAAAACAUCGGGUGGUAUUAAAAAAAGUAGCGAUGCUAUUAAACCGGACAGUCAUUAUUAUUAUCCGCCAGAAGUACGAGAACGACGACAUUUGGAGAAUAAAAAACGCAACUAUCAUGCCAUUGCCAAAUAUGCGGAUCUUGAAUAUCAACAAAUUGCUGCUUAUAAAAAAUCAUCUGAAUUCGAGAAAAAAAUGACAAACAUUCAAAAAAAUCGCGCCAUCUUGUCCGAAAUGAAGAAAAAGAAAAUGAGCCUAACUAAAGAUGAACAGAAAACAUAUAUGCAAGUGGAUAAAGUCAUUUCGAUUGAUGAUACAGAUGUAAAGUCAACGAAUACAGAAUACAUGAAAUAUUUGCAUAUGGCUGUCGAUGGAUACAUUCAAAGUCUAUUGCUUGAAAGUGAAAACGAGGCGAAUAACUCAACAAUGUUCCGUUUGUUCAGUUUGUGGUUUUCAAAUAGCAACGAUCAAGUUGUUUUAACUGAAAUUCAAGAUUCGUAUAGCAAAAUUCCAACGUACAAAUUUAUACCACUUAUGCCACAAAUUACCACCCAUCUCAGUACCGACGGAAUUCAUGAGGUCAUUUCAGAUAUUAUUUUGCGUUGUGCUUUACAACAUCCACAUCAUGUGCUUCCAAAAGUGUUGGCACUUGUUAAUGCAUUCAAAGACGAUCGAUUCAUCGAAGAUGUAAACAGCAAGUCAGCGAUAUCGAGUUCACCGAGAACGGAUGCCGCCGCCAAGUUACUGCAAAUAAUGAAAGGUUACAGUGCACUUCGGGAUAUUAUUUGUGAAAUGGAACGAAUGUGUGAAGUUCUGAUUCAGUUGGCUAACGUUGAAGUAAAGACUGCAGUUCGAGAAUUCGGACCGGCUGGACCGAUUCGUCAUCUACGUGACUUGGAUUUGAUACAUUGUCCAACGGUGCAUCUUCCAAUAAGCAUUUCAGGUGAUUAUACAAAGACAAAAGUUGGCAUUCACAAGUGGAAGAAUACAUUCGAUCGACCAGGUGGCAUAAAUGCUCCAAAACGAAUCGAAUGCAUUGGAUCGAAUGGCCGCCAGUAUUCACAAUUGCUGAAGGGAAAAGAUGAUUUGCGUCAAGAUGCCGUUAUGCAACAGGUCUUCAAUAUUAUGAAUGACAUGUUGAAUCAGUCGAAAAUUACCAAUAAAGAUCGUUUGCAUGUACGAACCUACAUCAUUGUACCGCUGUCACAACGGAGCGGCAUCCUGGAAUGGUGUGAAAACACAAUGCCAUUGACUGACUAUUUAGUUGGUAAUUCGAAAUCUAAAGGAGCACAUGAACGUUUUCGCCCAAAUGAUUGGACACCCAAAGAGUGUCGAGCGAAGCUAAGUCAAACACCACUGCGCAAAACACCAAUGGACGAUAUUUUUAAAAAUUACAAAAAAAUUUGUGAGAAAAUUAAGCCAGUAUUCCAUCAUUUCUUUUUGGAACACUAUCAUAAUCCGGGCGUUUGGUUUGAACGUCGAAUGGCAUAUGCUCAUAGUUUGGCAACAACAUCGAUGAUUGGCUACAUUCUCGGCAUUGGUGAUCGUCAUGUUAGCAAUAUUUUGAUUGAUAAAACGACGGCCGAAUUGAUUCAUAUCGAUUUUGGGAUUGCAUUCGAGCAAGGAAAAUGUUUACCCACACCGGAGUUAAUUCCCUUCCGUUUGACACGAGAUCUGGUUUCAGCGCUUGGACCAUCUGGCGUUGAAGGCAUCUAUCGCAAAUCAUGCGAGAAAACAAUGGAAGUUUUACGACAAAAUAAAUCAACAAUUCUUACAAUUGUUGAAGUAUUAUUACAUGAUCCAUUGUAUACAUGGGCUUUAACCAGCAAUCAAGCAUCGAAACGACAACAAACACAUGUUCAGAUCAAUGAAGAAGAUGACUUGAAUACGCUGGCUCAGCGAGCAUUGUCACGGCUAGAGGAGAAACUGAAUGGUAAACAUGUUAGUCGUAGUGAUGCGAUUUCUGUGAAACGCCACGUCGAGAUUUUGAUUAAAGAAGCAAUGAACGAAAAACUUUUAUGCCGGCUCUUUGUUGGAUGGCAACCUUACCUUUAAAUAACAGUUUUAUUUUCUUACUCAUUACUAUAUUAAAAUUGAAAAACAUAUGACAUGUAAAAUCAACCACAUCCGAAACCCAUGUAACAUUUAUUUACUUUUUGCAAUAAAAACAAUUUAUUAAAGGCCACCAGUGACCUCAAUUGAA